AUGGGAUCUAUUAAGGAAUACGUUGACCGCGGUGUACAAACCUGUUCUCAGUCCCCUUUCCCCGAGACAGAUCGCGCGGUAGUUUUAGUUGCAACAGGGGCAGCUCACAUGCAGCAUAGCCCGGAUUCUAGUUCACCCUCCACCCAGCAAGCCACCUUUUUUAACUCUAGCCAGGUUAAAGGCGCAUAUAGUCACUCUUUACUACCAGACAGCCCCAGUGGUCCCAUCCGGCAAACAGUUAUCACGCGCCGCACUCCCAAACGCAAACAACUGCCUUAUAUGCGUCCGUCUGACUCGUAUAAAGGGGAACAAAGGACAGUGUCGAUGCCAGAGGUCUUGUCGGAAUUUUCAACGCAGUCCCUGCUCGAGUCCGCUGCCUUGCGCAUUGUAUCGAUGCCAGAUCGCCUCAGACCGUCUCCUGAAUGGCCUCCAGAUAUAAUGGAUUCCAACUCUACGGUAUCGUCCUAUAUGUCUUCUGGUCGACUACGCAGUCGAGCUCGUGUCUGUCCUCCACCUUUUGACGUACCUUAUACCCCAUCACCACCUUCGUCUCCGGACUCGGUUCUAAUUAUUGAAAACAGUAUGCAGCUACCGGAUUCCUUUCUUCGUCGCAAAUACUCUGCGGAGUCUGUUGACCUAGAUGACGACGAAGAAACAGAUUGGGUCAAUUGGGCCAGCUCUCCACCCCGACCAAUACCAGCUUUACAUGGCCCACUCUCAUUACCCUAUGCUCGUUGCCCUUCCGGGGCUGAAGGUACGAUUAUAGAAGAACCUGACAAUAUGUCGCGUAUGAUUUGGGGACUUGGACCAGACGAUCCUCGGGGAGCCUCUCAAGCUCACCACUCUCAUGUUCAUCCUCGCACGCAGAAGAAGCAAGGGCAAUCGGUCUCCCAUCCCCAGGCACGAACGGGAGGUACAAACUUAGAGCAUAUUGCCUUAACUGAGAAAGCAGGAAGAACAUACAACAAGCAUCCCCCCAACCUGGAGAGCCUUGGUCCUCAACAACGCAAUAAUACCUAUCGUUCUUCCACUGGUUAUGAAGACCUUCUACGAAAUAAUGCUAUCCAAGAAGCUGCUGCUUUCAACUAUUUGCAUUGUAAUCGGAACUCUGUUAGCGAAAGUUAUACGGACGACGAAAUUGAAAUUCCUUCCGCAAAUCAAGGGCUUCUAUUGGGAUGGCAAAUGGCCCUGGCUGCACAACAAGCUCUCAGGACCACUGCCGUCGAACCAGAUUAUGCCACCAAUUAUUCCGAUCGUCUUCAACCCACGGCUCCUGUUUUCUCUCCCGCUCGGGCAACACAACUUUCUCAACCUUAUCCUCGUAUAUUUGUGGAGCCUCGUGCGAACGAUACCCUACCUGCUGCAUGUCCGCCUCGCCGCCAAUCUGCCAUUGAGAUAGCUCAGCAAUACCAGAAGAAACAAAUGCAGCACUUGCGUCUACAGCAGAACAUGCUUCCUACACCACCAAGCUCUUCAUCACCCCAGUGGUCAUCAAAUUUCUCCCCUUAUCAAGGUUCUUUACUUUCUCCAGACAUUGCAUUACUGCGGACACCAAUAGUACCAAAUAAAACCAACAUACCCCAGCAAAAGCAACGUCAAGGAAACGGAAACGACUCUUCUCAGCAAUUGCGUCGAUUUGUCUACGAGCGUAUGGGAAAUAUGACUCCCAACGAUGCAUCAGAUAUCAAAGCCUCUCAAACAUGCCAGAACGUGAACAGUAUCUCUAGCGCCCAACACACUUCAGGCGCCCCGAGCACACUUGCGAAGUAUAUACAACACCUGGAAUUCCUAUCUUCUCCUAUCUCCGUACAUUCACCCCCGCCUCCUGGUCCCCCACCCAAUACACCACUGCCUCCAGUCCCUGCUAUGACUCCUGCUCGCAAUCCUGCCAAUAGAUCAAGCAGACUAUCUACAAGUAUCACAACUACUCCCCCGUCGCCUGUAUCUCCAGAAGCACGAAGUCGUAGCAUCUCCUAUCAACACCCUCGUUCUGUCCCACUAGCUCGACUUGUACAGCGUCGUUUGUCUUCGGUGCCAGAGGAAGAUCUCAGCUCAUUUUUGGACCGAUCACAAGCACGUUCCCCAUCUCCAUUCAAACAGCAGCAACCCCGAUCCCCCGAACGGUUACCCAGCCGGUCCUCACAAGGGCAGAUACCCGAAUACUCCCAAGCGUCGAGGCAACAGCAAAGGAGCUUUUUGCAACCUCCAUCGACCAUGUAUUAUUCAAGGACGCCCAGCCCAGAUCUACCGGCCUUGUCGACGCUUAGUAGGGAGUACAUAUCACAAUCGUCACCUGUCAACACAAGGGUGUGGAUGAAUGCUCAAGCGAAAGUGAGAUUACCGUAUGCGCGUAGCGAGAUAGAGGAGAUUAAUCUCCUUCAGAGUAAUGGUCACCUACCGGAAGCUGGAGAGUUUAGGGACAAUCAAGGCGACACUAUGACAAGACCACAACAAACUUUAGCCAGAGACGCAUCGUCAAGGAAAUUGAAACAGCGUGGAAGAAAGAUUAGACCAAACUAUGCCUCCGGACGAGGAAAUAUGAAAAAUCAGCAGACUGUGCUUGCCAACGCAUGA